AUGGAAAAUAACUGGGAAACAUUAGUAGCUGAUGAAGAUUAUGAAAUAAACACUGAAUAUCCAUAUCAAAUAAGAAGGAAGAAAAACGGAAAGACUGUCAGUGAGUAUGAAGAAAAGAAUGGAUAUAUAAGAUUAACCCUUAACGGUAAAAAAUAUCUUAAACACAGAUUAAUAGCUAUUCAGUGGAUUGAUAAUCCUAGUUUUGGGGAAGUUGACCAUUACGAUAAAGUUAGAAAUAAUAAUAUGAUUGAUAAUCUACAUUGGUGUUCAAGUUCUACAAAUAAUAGAAAUAGAAGUAAAGCAAAUGGAGUAGAAUAUAAUUUCGUUGAUGAAAUCAGUGAAAAUUCAAUUACUGUUUCACAUUAUGGAAAUCAUGAAUUUGAGGAUUUAUUUUACGACAUCGAUGCAGAUUUGUUUUAUUAUUAUAACGGUCGUCAUUAUAAAGAACUAUACAUUAAUGAAAACAUAAAUGGUUCAUUAUAUGUUAACGUUUAUGAUGUAAAUAACAAAAGAACGUGCAUUACAUAUAGUAAAUUCAAACGCUUACAUAAUUUAAUAUGA